UGAUUAAUGACCUAGACAGUAAGCUAUUAAUCCUUCCUUUCGAAAUAUCUACGCGCGAGGGUUGAUUACUUCUUACUUGCAAGUAUUUUGAACUUUUUAUUUCAAACUGAUUUUUGGUUAUUUAAAAUGCCUCAAUGCGAACAGGGAAUGUCAAACACAGAACUCGUUACUGAACAGAUUGUGUUUAUUUUGAAACUCAUCUGGUGCUUAUUUUGUGAAGUGGCUAGAUGUCUUUUACAAACAAUCAGUCCAGUGUAUAAAGAUCUAUCAUCGGAUGUUAUACUUGUCACCGGUGCAGGCAAUGGUAUAGGCAGACUCAUGUGUUUAGAAUUUGCAAAAUUUUGUCCAAAUAUAAUAGCUGUUGAUAAGAAUGAGAAAGGCUUAUUAGAAACAUCCAAAUUAGUUUUUAAGGAAACUAACAUUCAAAUUAAAGUGUAUACAUGCGAUCUAAGACAUAAGAAGGAGAUUGAUGAAUUAUCGACUAAUGUUUUGAAAGAAUUUGGAAAAGUUACCGUUCUAGUCAAUAAUGCAGGUGUCAUGAAUGCAGAUUUUAUCUCUGAACUAACACAGGAUUCUAUAGAAAAUUGUUUCAAAGUCAAUACCUUAUCACAUGUUUAUCUAAGCCAAGCAUUUCUACCUACUAUGCUUAAUAAAACAAAUGAAAACUCUAACUGUGAUAAUGAUGUCCCAGUGACAUUUCGUCAUCCUCGUGGACAUAUUGUUUGUAUUUCAUCAAUAGCUGGUCGAGUACCAUUAGCUGGUGGUGCUGAUUAUUGUGCAUCUAAAGCGGCAGCUUUGCUAUUUGCUGAAUCAUUAGAAUUGGAAUUGUUGAAAUUGGGAGUAGAUGAUGAAAUUCGUGUUACACGUGUAUUACCUUUCCUACUUAAUACAGAUAUGUUCAAAGGUGUAACACCCAAACGUCCUUUACUUUUUCCCACUGUGGAUGCUAGUUAUUGUGCAAAUCGAAUUGUUCAGUCUGUACGUUUAAAUGAACGAGUCGUUUAUGUAAGCCCUCGAUAUCGCAUAUUGCCUAUCUUACAAAUACUUCUUCCAACCAAAAUGCUUCAUUGUUUGUUUGAAUAUGCUAAUACAGAUGCAUAUGUUGAUCAGUUGAAGCUUUGUCGAAAGAAAACUGAUGCUUGCAGUUAA